GCUGGCCUGGCACUGCCCACCCCUGCCAGCCUCGGGAGAGCUCGGAGCGGCCCAGGAUGCCUGCGGAGGGACCCGGGACUCCUCUCUGGACAUAAGGGGGUGGCCGAGGGAGAGACAUGUGGGGACAGCGCCCUGCCAGCCGGCACAGAUCUCCCUGCUCCGACACGAGCGGCGCUGACCAUGGCCACAGCUUGGAGGUUCCUCACCUGGACCGUCACCCUCAGCCUGGCCGGGGGCACCUUCCCCGGCUUCCCCUUCCAGUCACAAGAGGAAUUCCUCUCCAGCUUGGAUCACUAUGAGAUCGCCUUCCCCAUCCAAGUGGACCAGAACGGGGAUUUCCUCACCUUCGACAUGCGCCGGCAGCUGAGGCCGCGGCCGCGGCGCUCGCUGCCCUACGAGCCCUCGGAGCAGCAGGUCUUCUACAAAGUCUCUGCCCACCACACGCAGUUCCUGCUCAACCUCACCCUGCACUCCAACCUGCUGGCCGAGCACUUCACCGUGGAGUACUGGAAGCGGGACGGGGUGGACUGGCAGCACGACUUCCACGAGGACUGCCACUACGCCGGCCACCUGCAGGACCAGCACCUCAGCUCCAAGGUGGCCAUCAGCAACUGCAACGGGCUGCACGGGGUGAUCGUGGCGGAUGAGGAGGAAUAUUUCAUCGAGCCCCUGAGCCCCGGAGCCAACGUCAGCACGGGGGGAGAGGGCAAGGGCAGCCCCCACGUGGUGUACAAGCGCUCGUCCCUGCAGUACCCUCACAUGGAUGCAGCCUGUGGAGUGAUGGACGAGAAGCCCUGGAAGGGGAGGCACUGGUGGCUGAGGACGCUGAAACCCUCCCCUCUGAAGCCUUCGGGCAACCACAGCCAGCGGGGCCAGCUGCCCCUGAAGAGGUCGGUGAGCACCGAGCGCUACGUGGAGACCCUGGUGGUGGCUGACAAGAUGAUGGUGGGCUACCACGGCCGCAGGGACAUCGAGCAAUACAUCCUGGCCAUCAUGAAUAUUGUUGCCAAACUUUUCCAGGACUCGAGUCUGGGCAAUAUUGUCAAUAUCCUGGUCACCCGGCUGAUCCUGCUCACCGAGGACCAGCCCACGCUGGAGAUCAACCACCACGCUGGGAAAUCCCUGGACAGCUUCUGCAAGUGGCAGAAAUCCAUCGUCAACAGGAACGGCAACGGGAACGCCAUCCCGGAGAACGGCAUCGCCAACCACGACACCGCCGUGCUGAUCACCAGGUACGACAUCUGCAUCUACAAGAACAAGCCCUGUGGCACCCUGGGCCUGGCCCCCGUGGGUGGGAUGUGUGAGCGGGAGAGGAGCUGCAGCAUCAACGAGGACAUCGGGCUGGCCACGGCCUUCACCAUCGCCCACGAGAUCGGCCACACGUUCGGCAUGAACCACGACGGGGUCGGCAACAGCUGCGGCUCGCGGGGGCAGGAGACGGCCAAGCUGAUGGCUGCUCACAUCACCAUGAAGACCAACCCCUUCGUGUGGUCCACCUGCAGCAGGGACUACAUCACCAGCUUCCUGGACUCGGGGAUGGGAUUGUGCCUGAACAACGCUCCUCCCAAGCAAGAUUUCAUCUACCCCACGGUGGCCCCGGGCCAGGCCUACGACGCCGACGAGCAGUGCCGCUUCCAGUACGGAGUCAAAUCCCGCCAGUGUAAAUACGGGGAAGUCUGCAGCGAGCUGUGGUGUCUGAGCAAAAGCAACCGCUGCAUCACCAACAGCAUCCCGGCAGCUGAGGGCACCAUCUGCCAAACCAACACCAUCGACAAGGGGUGGUGCUACAAGAGGGAGUGUGUGCCCUUCGGGACGCGGCCAGAGGGCGUGGACGGAGCCUGGGGGUCGUGGUCAUCGUGGGGCGAGUGCAGCCGGACGUGCGGUGGCGGCGUGUCCUCGUCCGUGCGCCACUGCGACAGCCCCAGGCCCACCAUCGGAGGGAAGUACUGCCUGGGGGAGAGGAAACGCUACCGCUCCUGCAACACACAGGACUGCCCGCCGGGCUCGCAGGACUUCCGAGAGCUGCAGUGCGCCGAGUUCGACAACGUGCCCUUCCGAGGGAAGUACUACACCUGGAAAACCUACCGGGGAGGGGGUGUCAAGGCCUGUUCCCUCAACUGCCUGGCCGAGGGCUUCAACUUCUACACGGAGCGGGCGGCGGCCGUGGUGGACGGGACCCCGUGCAGGCAGGACUCCAACGACAUCUGUGUCAACGGGGAGUGCAAGCACGUGGGCUGUGACCGGGUGCUGGGCUCCGACGCCAAGGAGGACAAGUGCCGGGUCUGUGGGGGAGAUGGCAGCUCCUGCGAGACCAUCGAGGGCGUCUUCAACCAGUCCCUGCCCGAGGGAGGUUACGAGGAGGUGAUCCAGAUCCCCAAGGGCUCCGUCCACAUCGACAUCCGGGAGCUGAACCUCUCCAUCAACUACCUGGCGCUGCGAGGGGACAGUGGGGAAUAUUUCAUCAACGGGAAGCUCUCCAUCGAUCCCCCCCGGCGCUUCGACAUCGCCGGCACCACCUUCCACUACAGGAGGUCUCCUGAGGAGCCCGAGUCGCUGGAGGCUUUGGGACCCACCAACAUCACCCUCUUUGUCAUGGUGCUGGUGAGGACGGAGCCACAGGGGAUCCGCUACAAGUUCAACGCUCCCGUGGGCAGGGAUGGCUCCAGCCUGUACUCCUGGCACUACACCCCGUGGACCAAGUGCUCCGUGCUGUGUGCAGGGGGCAGCCAGAUCCAGUCCGUGGUGUGCAGGAAACUCUCUGAUGGCUCAACUGUCCCCAACCAUUUCUGCAGCGCUGACGCCAAAGUCCCCGAGCGCCAGAGGAGCUGCAACACCGAGCCCUGUCCCCCGGCCUGGGCCAUCGGGAACUGGUCCGAGUGCAGCCGGAGCUGCAACGAGGGCGUCCGGACCCGCAGCGUCUUCUGCAAGAGGAAGAUCUCUGCCAGCGAGGAGAAAACCCUGGAUGACGCCUCCUGCACGCAGCCACGGCCAAAGAUGCUGGAGCCCUGCAACAACCAAACGUGUCCUCCCGAGUGGGUGGCCCUGGACUGGUCAGAGUGCACCCCAAGCUGUGGGCCCGGCUUCCGCCACCGCAUCGUCCUGUGCAAGAGCGGCGACCACAGCGUGACCCUGCCCACCUCGCAGUGCCACGAGGCCGCCAAGCCCCCCACCAGCAUGAGGUGCAACCUGCGGCGCUGCCCCCCACCCCGCUGGGUCACCGGCGAGUGGGGAGAGUGCUCUGCCCAGUGUGGCCUCGGGCAGCAGAGGAGAUCCGUGCAGUGCCUGGCGCACACCGGGCAGCCGGCCAUGGACUGCGUGGAGGCCCUGCAGCCCCCAGGGAUGCAGCAGUGCGAGAGCAAGUGCGAGUCGGGGCCCACGGACAACCCCGAAGAGUGCAAGGAUGUGAACAAGGUGGCCUACUGCCCGCUGGUCCUCAAGUUCAAGUUCUGCAGCCGGACCUACUUCCGACAGAUGUGCUGUAAAACCUGCCAGGGCCACUAG